AAACCGAUUCAUAUCCUAUUGCUGAGAGAUCAUAUCCAAUUGCUGAGGGAGAAACCGAUUCAUAUCCUAUUGCUGAGAGAUCAUAUCCAAUUGCUGAGGGAGAAACCGAUUCAUAUCCAAUUGCUGAGAGAUCAUAUCCAAUUGCUGAGGGAUAUCCAAUUGCUGAGGGAUAUCCAAUUGCUGAGAGAUCAUAUCCAAUUGCUGAGGGAUAUCCAAUUGCCGAGGGAUAUCCAAUUGCUGAGAGAAAAUAA